AUGUCCUUCAGCCCAAAGCACUCCACCCCCUUCUCAGUCAUCGACAUUUUGAGCCCGAUGGAGGACAGCUACCGGAGGUUCGGAGGCAUGGAUCUCGCCGCGGGGAGCCUCGGGUCCCAGCUGGGCGCCUACCGGCAGCCGCAAGUCUCCCAGCCCGGUACGCAGCAUCAUCAGUACCACCAUCACCACCCGGCCGAGCAGCAGCAGCAGCAGCAGCCGCCUCAUCUCCAUCACCACCACCACCAUCACCAUCACCACCUGUCCUCCGCCUCUUCAUCCUCAUCCUCCUCCUCUUCCUCAGCAGCCGCAGCCGCCGCCGCACUGGGACCCGCAGGGCCCUACCACCACCACCACCACCACGCGCCCCACGGGGUGCCGCAGUUCUCCGGGGCCGUCGGAGGGUUCUGCAACGGCGGCAUCGGGAACGUUGGAGACCUGCAGUCCUACCAGGAGACGGCGAGGAGCGGCGGCGGCGGCGCGGCGGCGUGGUACGGGAACCCGGAGCCCCGGUACCCGACAAUCUCCAGGUACAUGGGCCCCUCCGCCGGGAUGAACAUGUCCGGGAUGGUGGGCAGCUUCUCCGGGAUGGACGCGGCCGCCAAGUCCAUGGUGACGCUGCACUCCGCUCCGCGGAGGAAGCGGCGCGUGCUCUUCUCGCAGGCGCAGGUGUACGAGCUGGAGCGGCGCUUCAAGCAGCAGAAGUACCUGUCCGCCCCGGAGAGGGAGCACCUGGCCGGGCUGAUCCACCUCAGCCCGAACCAGGUCAAGAUCUGGUUCCAGAACCACCGCUACAAGCUGAAGCGGCAGACCAAGGACAAGCAGCCGCCGCAGCAAGACGGGAGCGGCGGAGGCGUGUGCGCGACGACCCACCGCUCCUCCUCCGCGUCCCCGGUCCUCUCCAAGAACGGCAAGGGCUGCCAGAGCGACUCUAGCGGCUCCAACCACACCGGGAACCGACAGGCCAGCGCGGGGGAGGUCAUGGCGGUGAACCAGCUGUCGUCCACCGAGGAGCUGGACGAUUUGUCCCCGAGUCCGCCGCUCGGAUUGCACGGUCAGAUCCACAUGACGCAGACGGACGCGGCGCUAAUCGAGUACACGAACAGCAUGAUCGGCUCCAAUCUACUGUACGGGAGGACUUGGUAG